ACACCCGAGCCCCGCCGGCGCCUCCCGCUCCCGGCUCCCGGCUCCUGGCUCCCUCCGCCUCCCCCGCCUCUCGCCCCGCCGCCUAGGAGGCCCAGCUUCGGGGUCGGACGCCUGGGUCUGCCGGGAAGAGAGAUGAAAGGUGUCUGAAGGUGGCUAUUCACUGAACGAUGGGGUUGGACUUGAAGGAAUGCCAAGAGAUGCUGCCCCCACCCCCUUAGGCCUGCGGGAUCAGAAGCUAUGGGGCCAGGGGCCCUCUUAUCUUUACUGCUGCUGCUCUUGGUGGCAACUGGAGAUGCUGACAUGAAGGGACAUUUUGAUCCUGCCAAGUGCCGCUAUGCCCUGGGCAUGCAGGACCGGACCAUCCCAGACAGUGACAUCUCUGCUUCCAGCUCCUGGUCAGACUCCACCGCUGCCCGCCACAGCAGGUUGGAGAGCAGUGACGGGGAUGGGGCGUGGUGCCCCGCAGGGUCGGUGUUUCCCAAGGAGGAGGAGUACUUGCAGGUGGAUCUACAACGACUGCACCUGGUGGCUCUGGUGGGCACCCAGGGACGGCAUGCAGGGGGCCUGGGCAAAGAGUUCUCCCGGAGCUACCGGCUGCGUUACUCCCGGGAUGGUCGCCGCUGGAUGGACUGGAAGGACCGCUGGGGUCAGGAGGUGAUCUCAGGCAAUGAGGACCCUGAGAGAGUGGUGCUGAAGGACCUUGGGCCCCCCAUGGUUGCCCGACUGGUUCGCUUCUACCCCCGGGCUGACCGGGUCAUGAGUGUCUGUCUGCGGGUGGAGCUUUAUGGCUGCCUCUGGAGGGAUGGACUCCUGUCUUACACCGCCCCUGUGGGGCAGACAAUGUACUUAUCUGAGGCCGUGUACCUCAACGACUCCACCUACGAUGGACAUACCGUGGGCGGACUGCAGUAUGGGGGUCUGGGCCAGCUGGCAGAUGGUGUGGUGGGGCUGGAUGACUUUAGGAAGAGUCAGGAAUUACGGGUCUGGCCAGGUUAUGACUAUGUGGGAUGGAGCAACCACAGCUUCCCCAAUGGCUAUGUGGAGAUGGAGUUUGAGUUUGACCGGCUGAGGGCCUUCCAAGCCAUGCAGGUCCACUGUAACAACAUGCACACGCUGGGAGCCCGCCUGCCUGGCGGGGUGGAAUGCCGCUUCCGGCGGGGCCCUGCCAUGGCCUGGGAGGGGGAGCCCAUGCGCCACAACCUGGGGGGCAACCUGGGGGACCCCAGAGCCCGGGCUGUCUCAGUGCCCCUGGGCGGCCGUGUGGCUCGCUUUCUGCAGUGCCGCUUCCUCUUUGCCGGGCCCUGGUUACUCUUCAGUGAAAUUUCUUUCAUCUCUGAUGUGGUGAACAAUUCCUCUCCAGCACUGGGAGGCACCUUCCCGCCAGCCCCCUGGUGGCCACCUGGCCCACCUCCCACCAACUUCAGCAGCUUGGAGCUGGAGCCCAGGGGCCAGCAGCCCGUGGCCAAGGCGGAGGGGAGCCCGACCGCCAUCCUCAUCGGCUGCCUGGUGGCCAUCAUCCUGCUGCUCUUGCUCAUCAUUGCCCUCAUGCUCUGGCGGCUGCACUGGCGCAGGCUCCUUAGCAAG